AAUGCCUAACACAUAACAUACAAUAAGAAGUCAAAAAUUUCAAAGUUGUACCUAGUUCACCUUCCAGAGGAGUUCUGUUUUUUUGGCCAGCACUUAUCAUGAUCUGAAUCCAUCAUGUUUGUCUUCAAAAUUAACACAGAAGGCACAGAUCUGAAGAGGAAUUUUCAGUGUGGGUGAUAUAGAGAAUCAUAUCAGAAACCAUUAACAAACAAUAAAACAUAAAAGGAAAUAUUUGCAAGUCUUUUCUUGAAGCUUUCUCAUCAGCAUGCUACUUCAUAAGAAUCAAAAGAGAAUUGCACUCAAAUUUCAUUUAUAUCUCUUUCCAUGCCAAACAAAUAGAUUUUUUCCUCCUUUCAGACGUCACCAAAGCUGUAUGGAGGCAGCAGGGUCAUAAGCCAUAACCAAUAUCUAUUACUUUGCUGCCAGAUCCAAGUAGUGAGAUCUAACAUUUCUCCCAUCAAAGCAGUAAUUACUACACCGAAGUAAAAAGAAUCAAUAUCUGGACUAGAUUACCUGUCGAACUUUCAAAUCCAUCUUCAUCACUCCAAACUAUGAGGGGAUGGGAAGAAAAAACUCAACUUCCUGGCCUCAAUUCUGAGACAUUUGAGGAUGGGAAAAAAACUGUUAGCAGUGAAAACAAUAAAACCAAAUUCCUUUUAGAAAAUGUGAGUUGUGAAAACUGAAAACAGAAUCAGUACAUCAAUAAGCUGUCAAGCAAAAAGAUUCAUGUACAAGGCAAAUAUCCUUUGUUACAGUCAUAUUUUGUAAUUUUGUAUCUUACAAAUUGAGAAAUAAUGAGAAAAUAUUAAAAACAAAAGACAGCAAUAAGAGGUUGACUUGUACACAGCUUGCAUGCUUACCUCAAAAUGCCAAUAAAUGCUUUGUCAAAAACACAAUAAUGAAGACUAUCUCAAAAGAAAACUUUCAACAUGAAUAUCUCCCAUGGCAAUUCUGCAAAAAAAUUAACUACUAGAGGUAUCGAGAUGGUUUCACGUAAGUUAUUCAUGGAUGCAUAAUAAAUGAAAUAUGCAACU